AUGUCUCGCGUGAACGCUGCAGAGCCAACCAAGGGUGGGAAGAGCAGAGCAGGAAGAGUACUAUUGGCGCAUCCAAUCACAUCGUUUUUAAUCCCUACGGUCAACGCAGAGUGCGUCAUCGACAAGACAGCAGCUGGGACAACAUACCGCCCCCCAGAAAAGAUCAAUCUCGUCGACAGCAAGACCAAGGAGAGCGUCCAAACCUGUCGGGUGCCCGUUAUGGAGGGCAAGCAUCUGAUAGGGUACAUCCCACUCCCCAUGCGAUACCAGCAAGUAUGGCUGGACUUAUCAUACUGCAUAAUCCUCUACACCCAGAUGUGGAGGAUGUGGGCUGGGGAGGAGCCACAAAACAAUGAGGUCGCGAUGCUUCGUCGGAACUGCGGGGCAAUGGUCGCACAACACACACUUGCAAGACUGCUGGCGGUCGACGAAAUGAGAGAGUUCGCAUUCUCGAUGAGUGGAAAAUUCGCUGGUACCGUGAUUGGUUCAACACCACAUACGACAAAGUCGUCGGCACAGGAGCCAGAUGGAAAUGCAGAGGGGGGUUGGAACAUGGACAAAGAGGGCAAGACCUUGUUGUCUCCCCCCGAUGACCUGGAGGAAUGGUUUGAAGGCGAGAUCAAGGGGCUCGACGAGGUAUUUGAAAGAACGCUGAAGCGCGAUGCACUCGCAGCCUGGAGAAAACCCGACUGUUACUUUCAGACUCAGUAUGAUGAUCACGCGAGGUUACCGGAAAGAUGGCAUGAGGGUCACAAACCUGCGCCGUAUUUCUGGAGUGAAAAACAGUGGAAUUGGGUCGCAAAAGGCAACUCGUUUUGGGAGAUGCCUAUGGACUUAUUAUUCUAUGUCCUCAGAGAAAAUCCGCCAUACUCGCACUUUUGGCAGUUCAUGCAAGACCUGAACUCUCUCCUCACCAUCGUCGCAGCUGUUCCCAUACCCGAACGUAAGCAGGUCUGGGUGCUCGCAAAGCAGCUUUGGAUGGGAGAGAUGACCUGGAGGGAGUUUAGCGACCACAUGAUGCAAAUCCACCUGCGGGAAGUCAAGGAUGCCACGGCCAAGACUUCUGAAAAAAAAGACCCGAAAAACGUGUUUGAUACACUGGAGGCUAGGAUGGUCCUGGAAGGAUACGUUCGCAGACACAAAGCAGACAAGGAUCAAAAACCCUGGGAUGAGAAAGAUGACAUUCUAUGGCAGGCGUUGAGCAGAGUCGCCGCGAAGAAGUACGAGGCCGGCUGGAAAUGGAUCGUCUCACAG